ACUGCAGCUCCCUCUCAGAUUCCACACAAACAUAUGCGCCCACACACACACACACACACUAGCAGCAUCGCGAGACCCACACACACUCUCACUCAUAGCAUCAUCACUGCUCUGCUGCACCACAGAGAGAGGCACGCUGAGCAUUCAACCUUUUUCUCUCUCUCUCUCUCUGCCCCUUCCUCUACUGCGCACUCUCUCUCUGUUCACCUUGGCUGCUGGGUGGUGUGGAGUUAUUGUUGCGUCAGAGCCAAAGAGAUCCAGAAACAGCCAUGCCGGGGGAGAGCUCUCACAGAUCUGUCCCCAAAGAAAGACAUCCGGAGCUUGGAGCAGAGCAGACAGGCCUGCCUGAACCAGACAUGACCAGACAUGCCUCCACUGACUCCACCCCUAGUGACAGUGGCUCCACCCCUAGUGACAGCGGCUCUAGUCCCUCCCCCAGCACCCCUCAGAAGCUGCUCCCAUCAUGCACCUCUCCUUUUGGGCCGCGGCUGGUCCGGGCCACGCCCAGCUCCUCCGCGACCCCGCGACCCCAGCCUGAAGGUUCCGACCGUCGCCACAGUAACACGAUCCGGCUUAGCGGAACGUUUGGAGGUCACGGACCCUGUGGACGCCGCAGCGGACCCGUGAAGAUGGAGAGAAUCAAGGUCCUGAUGGGCUCAGAGGUGGAGAGCGACUACAAGGAGCCAGAGAACAUGGACACACGGGUGGUGAUGGGCCAGGAGGCCCUGCUCAAGACCAAGAAGACCCUGACAGGGAAGUGCCCUUGCGUGCAGAGCAGCCAGGUGAUACCCCUGCCCGGAGGCCAAGUCUUGGAGGUCCCUAACCAUCCCUCAGAACCACAGGCCGAGUCUGGGGAAAAGGCCCAACUGGACACAGGGCAGGAGAGAGACAAUUCACCUCUGACCCCAAAGAUGGAGCAAGAGCAGGAGAGAAUCCCUGUCCUGCCCAUUAGCCCUCUCCUCACCCCUCUCCUAACCCCCCUCAUCCCUGCCUCCCCUCCCUCCUCAGAGCCAGUCACAGUGGAUGUUAGUUUGACGGGCAGCUUAAGCCCUUUGGAGGCAGGGCUGUCUCCCUAUGGUGAAAUGCCUUUUGUAUGUGCCAUGUAUGCCAUGCCCUCCCUGUCCGAGCCAGCCUAUCCCCCUGCUAUCCUAUCCUUCACUGAGCCGGCCUAUGCCGUGGACCCUCUGAGAGUGGGCGUUCCCUCAUCCCUGGAUCCUGACCUGUACUAUACCGCCCCCUCCACCCCCAUCAAGAUGGCUGCUCGCCCCUUACACCUCAAACAUCGCUCUUACCCUGGCUCUCCAGCUUCUCCCCUCUCACAAAACUCCCCCUCGGACAGCGAGGACCUGUGCUCCCCUCUCACCUCCCCCUCUGGCUCCUACGUCACGGCGGAGGGGGGAAGCUGGACCUCUUCCACCUCCCCCUGCACCUCCCCCAAUCUGCUCCUGGCAGAGGAGGUGCAGGAGGCACCUGCAUGCUUUGUCAGCUCGCUGUCCGAAAUCGGAGACGAGGUGGGAGAGGAUAGGGGAGCAGUAGGGGAGAGGGCAGAGGAGAAGGGAGGAGGAGCAGCAGAGUGGCGGUUCUGCCUCUAUAAGGGUCUAGCAGAGACUGUGAUCCUGGAGGAGGAGGAGGUGCUGAGAGGGGAGGUGAGGGGGAGGAGGAGUGAGGAAGCGACAGUCUCAAGAGGUAGCUGUCGCCCUCGCUGGGUGACAGAGGACACUUCCCCAUUGAGGAGCAGCAGUGGCAGAAGCACUGACUCCCAGGAAGAGGGAGGGGAGUCGGAGGGCUCGCUCUGCCCAGCAGAGGAUGCUCUAGCUGGGGGACAGCAGUACUCUAGUCCCCUGCUGCAAAGAGGCCUGGAGCUGGAGCUGCAGGCCUGUAUGGCUGAGGAACUUUACCCUCCCAUUACCAACCCAGAGGAUGGAACAGACUCCCCACGGCUGACCUCCAUCUCCUUCCCCUUCGCCCCAGACAUGGGGAACCUAAGCCAUCACACCUCCAGUGUCAACCCUGCCUCCCCCAACCUUACCCUGGACACCUGCUCUCCAGAUGUGUCAGACGGGGAUAACUCCAGUCCAUACGGAGAGAUGGGUACCUUCCUGAUGUUCCCAGGCUCCUACAGUGAUGAUGGAGAGAUGGAGGAGGAGGAGGAGAGGAUGAUCCCAGCCUCCCUGCUUAACUUUCCCCUCCACACCAGCCUCCUCUUUCAAGCAGACUCCAUGGAGAUCACUCUCUUCCCCACAGAGGAGGGGAAUGAGGGAGGAGAGGGAAACGACAGGAACGAAGGGAACGAUGUGGAUGCAUACGCGGCCGGAGAGGAGGAGGGGGACGUGGAGGAUGAUGAUGAAGAUGAUGAUGAUGAGGAAGAAGUGGAGGCUAAGGUGGAGAUAGAGGCUAAGGUAGAGAUAGAGGAGGCUAAGGUAGAAAUAGCGAUAGAGGAAGAGGUGGAUGAAGAGGAGGGUGAGGAUGUUGAGGAAGAGGAGGAGGAGGGUGAGGGUAAGGCUGUAAAUGACCCAGCUGAAGAGGACAACUCGGCCUCCUUCCUUCAUUCACUGUCGGAGACUUCCAUCAAUGAAGGUCUGGAUGAGUCCUUCUGUUUUCAUGAUGACACUGACGACUCACUAGACUCCGCCUCUUAUAAUGGCGAAGAGGAUGAGCGGCUGUACAGCACAGAGAGACAUGCUGAACCCCCCACAGGACCACCCACAGGACCACCCACAGAACCACACCAAGCCAAACCUCAGCCUGAAACUAGACCAGAGGCCCACAGCACUGAACUGUCCCAGUCCCAAAGCAGACCUAGCCUAAUCAAUCCCCCAGGAGACAAAGAGCCCCGGCCUGAGGAUCCUCCAGGACCCAAACCACCACAACCACAACCUGCACUUGCACCUGCCCAACUUGCGGAAUCAGCCCACCCCAAGUCCUCAAACAGCGGCAGUGGGAGUGAAAUGGAGAACUCCUCAGAGUCCUCUGACCCUCCUGUCCCCGCUCCUUCUCAGGAGAGCCCUUCUGUCUCUACCUUUACCCCCAAACCUUCUACAACCCCUUACCCUGCCUCGAUUACCCCAAAGACUACCCCUGCUACCAUGUCAACCCCUAAAACCAAGCCUGCAUCUCUCUCUAACCCCAACACUAACUUUGCUCCUGCCCCAAAUGCUAAAUUUGCUACAGUCUGUACCACUAACACUAACCCUAACCCUGCUACAGCCUCAACCCCACAAAAUAACUAUGCUACUGCCUCCACCCCCAAAACUAACCCUGCUACUGUCUAUACACUUGAAAUGAACCCUGCUACGGUCUCUACCCCUAACACUAACAGUGCUCUUGUCUCUAACGCUAAAUCUCCUACGGCCUGUACCACUAACACCAACCCUGCUACAGCCUCAACCCCCGAAACUACCCCAGGUACAUGCUCUACCCCAAACUCUGCUGCUACUUCUAACACUAACCCUGCUGCUACAAUCGAGGAGACAGCGUCCCACAGCAAUCCUGUCACCCUGGCAACCUUGCCAUCCCAUAACAGCCCUGUGAGCCUGGCAACAGAAGCAGGGCAAGCCAAAGCAGCUGCAGAGGAUGUACAGGCUGGUACGGUGAGAGAGGAGGACAAAAGGAGCAGUGCAAAGAGAGAGAAAGACAAACAGAGCGGUGGGGAGAGAGGAAAGGACAAACAGAGUGGUGGGGAGAGAGGGAAGGACAAACAGAGCGGUGGGGAGAGAGGGAAGGACAAACAGAGCAGUGGGGAGAGAGGGAAGGACAAACAGAGCAGUGGGGAGGGAGGAAAGGACAAACAGAGCGGUGGGGAGAGAGGAAAGGACAAACAGAGCGGUGGGGAGAGAGGAAAGGACAAACAGAGCGGUGGGGAGAGAGCAAAGGACAAACAGAGGAGUACGGAGAGAGAGAAGGGUGAACAGAGCACAGAGACUUCAGACGAGGACCACACAGAGGAGACAGACAGAGACUCGUUCAAACUACUCAUUAAGCCACGCCCCUCUAAGUCAGACACACCCCGGCCUAAACAGAAGACCUCUGAGCCCCGUAAGCCCCUCCCACGUGUGUUUGGGGUGGCAGCGGCUUCAAUCCGGUCCAAACCGCUUCUGGUGUCAGUGCUGGAACUGGACCAGAAGAAUGAGAACAGCAGCGCUGAAGGUGUGGACUCCCAUCAGGUCCUUGAAGGGACCACUGCCACCAAUGACCUGAACAAGGGGGUCCCUCUGCUCUCGUACCCGAAAGAGCCUAACCCCAGCAACAUCCCUGUCUCCUCCUGCCCUGAGAGCUCACCUGACCUGGCUGACAACCUGUCCCUGACCCCUGACAUCUGCCCAUGUGACCCCGCCCAGGAGAACCUGAGGGAGAACACCCUGAGCACUGAGGACGGGGGCCCUGGGGCCCUGGGCUCCCCUCACACACCCCUGGCUGUCUCUCCCAAGAGGGAGAACUCAGAGACAGACGCAGGAGGGAGGAGGGGGGAUGUGGGCUGGAGGGCUGAUAGGAGGGGGUUAGGAGCAGGGGCUGGGGCCUGGGGGGCAGGGGAGGCCCAAUCUCUUUCUCUGGGGCAGGCCUGUGGGUUGGAGGCACAGAACCUGUUACUGUGUGAGGUGGAUGGGCAUGCUGUUGGACAGACAAUUGGACAGACGAUUGGACAGACACUCUCCGGGCUGCCCAAUGUCGGCACAGACGAGGAUGAGGUGGAUGAUAUAAUGGGGGACGAAGAAGACAACAACAGCCUGUGUGGUCGGCCAGACAAGAUGGCAGAUGUUGAGCUUGUGGGAGAGGGAGUGCCAGAGUCCAACCUAUCCAGCUGGAGGUCCAUCGAGGAGAUAUCAGAGGCAGGGGGAGGAGAGGACGGAAGCUCCCAAUUCCCAGAGGAUGAUGUCAGCAACCUGCAGAGUCACCCGGAAAACAAGGAGGAGCAGGAAAACAACAACAAUGACUCCAUAUUCCUAUCCUCUGGAAUGCCAACCUGUGUGACUCUGAAUGCCCUGUCAGAGGAGGUGAGACACCAGAGCCAGAGUGUGAGUCUGAGGGCGUCCCUCUCAAACAUACCACUCACAGAGGUGAGACCACAGGCUGCUGCAGCCUCCGAUAGGCCAACAACAUCAACGGACAGCUCAACACACCAAUCAGACAUAAGACAGGCUUCCUCAUCCAUGGAAAGCCCUGGGCGUGUCUCACCACCAGGGGGUAAACCACAGACCGUCUCAGACCAGAGCCCUGGUUCAGUAGAGGCAGCCAUUUCCAGACCCAACAGUAACACAGAUAUUAACCCAGCAGUCAAACAGGCAGACCUUGCUCUAUCUCUGCUGGGUGGGGCGUUUGGAUCCUUCAGCCAUAAAAUCAGACCAAGCAACUCCAAGUCAGGCAGACUAUUCCAAGAAACUUCCCCAUCAAUGAGGAAAGACACAGUAGAGAAGGUCCAAGUUUCCCAAGAAACUUCUCUCUCAGUGGGCAAAGACACAGUAAAGAAUGUACAAGUCUCCCAAGAAAUUUCCCUAUCGGUGGGCAAAAACACAGUAGAGAAGGUCCAAGUUUCCCAAGAAACUUCUCCACCAGUGAGCAAAGACACAGUAGAGGUCCACGUUUCCCAAGAAACGUUCCCAUCCGCGGGCAAAGACACAGUAGAGAAGGUCGAAGUUUCCCAAGAAACUUCCCCAUCAAUGAGCAAAGACACAGUAGAGAAGUUCCACGUUUCCCAAGAAAUUUACCCAUCAAUGAGCAAAGAGACAGUAGAGAAAGUACAAUUUUCCCAAGAAUGUUCCCCAUCAGUGAGCAAAAACAUAGCAGAAAAUGUCCAAGUCUCCCAAGAAACUUCCCCAUCAGUGGGCAAAUACACAGUAGAGAAGGUUGAAGUUUCCCAGGCAACUUCCCCAUCAGUGAGCAAAGACACAGUAGAGAAGGUCCAAGUAUCCCAAGAAUCGUCCCUAUCAGUCGGCAAAGACACAGUAGAGAAGGUCGCAGUUUCCCAAGAAACCUCCCCAUCCGUGAGCAAAGACACAGUAGAGAAGGUCCAAUUAUCUCAAGAAUCGUCCCUAUCAGUCGGCAAAGACACAGUAGAGAAGGUCCACGUUUCCCAAGAAACUUUCCCAUCAGUGAGCAAAGACACAGUAGAGAAGGUACAAGCAUUCCAAGAAUCGGCCCUAUUAGAGGGCAAAGACACAAUAGAGGAAGUCCACGUUUUUGAAGAAACUUCCCCAUCAGUGGGCAACGACACAGUAGAGAAGGUCCAAGUUUCCCAAGAAACUUCCCCAUCAGUCAGCAAAGACACAGUAGAGAAGGUCCAAGUCUCCAAAGAAUCUUCCCUAUCAGUGGGCAAAGAUACAGUAGAGAAAGUACAAGUUUCCCAAGAAAAUUCCCCAUCAGUGAGCAAAGACACAGUAGAGAAGUUCCAAGUUUUCCAAGAAGCUUCCCUAUCCCUAUCAGUGGGCAAAGACACGGUAGAAAGUGUGAAAAAACUGUGUUCCCAGCCUCAGCCAGAGGAGACAGAGCCACAGACGGUGAGCCAAAGAAAGGGGGGUGGCGGUCAGACGACUGACAGGCACAUUGACCAACCAAAGAUGAGCGUGGCCUUAGAAGGGCAGGAGAGCAGUGUUUGUAUCUCAGGGGAAAGUGAGGUUGAGGAGAGAGCAGAGGAGAGAUUCUCUCCAACAGAGAGUAUUCCAGAACCUGCACAGCGUCAGACACCUGAGGGAGAGCUGAGCACAGAGAAAGCCAUCACUCCUCCUCAGCCAGAGAGGAGAGGGAAGCAGAGGAAGCAGAGCAGAGACAGACCCAGUCAGCUGUGCAGACAAUCUACGUCAGGCCCUGGGUCUACUGAUCAACCACAGGAACCAGCUCUCCCUGCCAAGACCCUAGCAGACGCCUCCCCACCAGGGAAACAAAAGAAUAAGAACACGAGGGGACAAAAAUCUGUUGCAGAUACCAGACAGAGGACACCUGUGAAGGGCAAACCUGAAGCAGAGUCCGAGAGAAGAGGGGAAAACAGAAACGUCUCCGUUGCCCCGACUUCCCCUAGUCCUACCAGCCUCUACCCUAUAACUCCCACUCUCCUAGUCAACCAGGAAGUGAACACGGAAAUGCACCAGAAAAUGCUUGCUAACAGGCCGCUGCCUGGCUGCCAGACAGAAAGCAGGAAGGAUAUCAACGAUAACAAUGUGGGGAGUGGCCAUGCCUCCCCUACAGAACAGAAUAGGUCCUCUUCUCCUCCACCUCUUCCCUCCUCCUCUCCUCCCCAUCUCUCCUUCUCUCCUCAUUCCUCAUCCCCCCCACCUCUUCCCUCCUCCUCUCCUCCUCCUCUCUCCCCCUCUCCUCUCUCCUCCUCUCCUCCCCCCAGUACCUUCGCGAUGCCGCCAGAUGAGGACCUCCCCACCCCCAUACAGGAGUCCCAGCUUCUUGUCACCACAGUCCAGCCUGUCACCCCACUCCUAGACACCCAGCCUCAAUCAACCAAUGUUCAGGCAGCCUCUGCAACCCUUUCUACUACCCCUAUCGCCCUUCCUAAGCACCCCCCUAUACCCACCGAAAGUGUCCCUAUGUCCCCUACCCCCUCCUCAUUUCCAUCUCCACCCACGUUAGCCCUGCCCUCGACCCCCAGCUUUACCCAGCCCACCCAGGAGUUUCUGCCACGGCUGGAGCCUCCAACCACAAUGCCUGUCCCUGGCAACAGCAGGCAGGUCCAGCCCCAGCCCCAACCAAACAUCCUCACCGAGCCCAACAGACAGGUCAAAACAGGUCAGUCACAAAGCCCACAGGACAGAGAUGGGAUGGACACAGACAGUGAUGAUGAUGACACUGCUGUUCCUCUACGACGUCACAUGACUCAGCCCAGGGGGAUUGUGGGAAACCCUUCUCAUAAAGAGUCUGGUUCCUCCAAUCAGCGAGAGGUACUGCUUCACUCCUCCUGCCAACCAACUGAGAGACAGACAGACGGUCCAAUCAGCCACAAGAAUUCACAGGAGCUGGACCUGUCCUUCAAAUACAACUUGGGCUCCUGCAAUGAGUCGGAGAGUGAGGGAUCAGUGCCAGAGUUGGAAGAACCAGAGAGGGUGCCACUGAGAUCCUCAGAACCCCAGCCCAUCUCUCCUGCUGAUGAGGGGAUUAACAGACCUAAGCAGAGCCGCAGUGAGAAGAAGGCCCGCAAGGCCAUGGGUAAGCUGGGCUUGCGGCCGGUCCACGGUGUGACCAGGAUCACUAUAAGGAAGUCGAAGAGCAUCUUGUUUGUCAUCAGCAGACCUGACGUCUUCAAGAGCCCCGCGUCAGACAUCUACAUCGUGUUUGGAGAGGCCAAGAUAGAGGACCUGUCUCAACAGGUGCACAAGGCAGCAGCAGAGAAGUUUAAGGUCCCGGUGGAGCCCUCCCCCCUGGUGCCCCCUGCACCACCCAGCCUCACCAUCAAGGAGGAGAGCGAGGAGGAGGAGGUGGACGAGGGAGGUUUGGAGCAGAGGGAUAUAGAGCUGGUGAUGGCCCAGGCUAACGUGUCCCGUUCUAAAGCUGUCCGCGCCCUCAGACACAACACCAACGACAUCGUUAACGCUAUCAUGGAACUGACAAUGUGAGAGGACCCCCACCAAGCAUAAAUGCCACAGUCACAUCUGUAUCGCUGCUAUGUUGCAUUCUCCUUACCUGCUAAUAAACAGUCUGUUAUAACCACA